AUUUGUACUUUGUCCCAACUUUUUUGGAAUCGGGGUUGUAUACAAGAUACAAUAUGGCACAACACCAAAUAUUUUAUGUGGUUGAGCAACACAGACACUAUUAAAUCAGUCAUAAACAAAUAUUUAAAUGAGCAACACCAACCUGUGGCCUGCCUGGGGGCAUAAGGUCAUCAUAAUACAGUCCUAAGACCUUGUACUUCUCAGUAGCUGUACUGGAUGUUGGCUAACAUUUUGAAUUACACAUUUUGGAUACCAUUUUGGUGUGUUUUUGGAUUAUUUAUCAUAGGUGAAAUUGCCAGUUGUAUAUAUGUUUUUCUUACCUGACAUGUCCAGGAUUUUUGCUGGAUACAGGUCCUUCCCCCAUCUGACCAUGACUUCUUGGUUAUUUGGCCAGUCCUUUGGAUUAAGAGCAUUUGGUCUUAAACCCGUGCCAGCCAAAUUGACCAAAUGUAAUGGCCCAAUGCCUAAAGUAUUUUCCUCGAAACAACUAAAUAAACCGUACAUGUUUGCCACUGCCAUCAUGAAAAAAUCAGUCUUCGCUGCAGAGAAAAUCAACCGAAAAUAACAGCGACCCCCAACGGUCAAAAUGCUAGCUACUCAGAACAUUGAAUGUGAUUGGCUGAGUGGCAUUCGCAUUCACUGCACACGCCUCAGUCACGUCCGCACGCGGCAGCCAACUUCAUCAGGAAAGCGCGAGUCAGACUGUGCUGACUGAAGUUCAAGCCAUGUAUCGACGACGAUUGGGUCCAUACAAAAGAUAUUUGAGUGAUGUUGAUGUCGACAUCCCAAGAGAAACGUCUCGAAGAAGAUUGAAUGUAAUUGGAGAUAUUCCCUACCCCUCUGAACUUGAAGACGACGAAGCUCGAGACCCUGAGACAGACCCUAGUGAGGGAGACAUCAACUACCCCUCUGAACUUGAAGACGACGAGGCUCGUGACCCCGAGAGAGACCCUAGUGAGGGAGACAUCCCCUACCCCUCUGAACUUGAAGACGAUGAAGCUCGAGACCCCGAGACAGACCCUAGUGAGGGAGACAUCAACUACCCCUCUGAACUUGAAGACGACGAGGCUCGUGACCCCGAGAGAGACCCUAGUGAGGAUUACAUCAGUGACUCCUCAGAUGAUGAUGCGGACGAGAAUGACAUUCACAUACAGUACCAAAGAAGCACAGAGGAACCUUUCCAUCUUCAUAUCCAGGGAGUGCUGUCACCAAAGGUCAAACCAUCCUGAUGAUCUUGGUCUUCAUUCUACGUCACAGAUUAAGUGGAGAAGGUCUAAGUGAUUUCCUAAUGUUACUCGAUAUUAUGUUACCUGGUACUCUUCCUGCCACAAAAUUCCUUUUUGACAAAUGUUUUGUGUCCAUCAACAAUCGUUUUGAAAUCCACUUCUACUGUGAAUCUUGUCAAGAGUACAUUUGUAAGGACAACAACGUAGUUGAUGUGUGUCAAGAAUGCCAAAAUCCUUUCAACAAAACCCAGAACCUUAGGAAUGGGUCAUUCUUCAUUUAUCUACCAUUAGCAGGGCAACUGAGAGAUGUACUAGAGAACCAAUUAAAAAAUGUGUAGACGUUUAUAGACAAGACUUCGUGGACUUGGGAUGACAAAAUAUGUGAUAUAUUUGAUGGGGACAUCAUGAAAAGUUAUAUUCAAAAUGGCAUGAUGGGGAAAUUUGAUCUAUCACUUCUAUGGAAUUGUGAUGGUGUGCCCGUCUUUGAAUCUUCCCAAUGCUCCUUGUGGCCAAUCCAAUUCACAAUAAAUGAAUUACCACCUACUAUUAGGAAAGAACAUGUUCUAUUGUCUACACUUUGGUUUGGCAAAUCAAAGCCAGUCAUGAACACAUUCCUUAAGCCGUUCAUAGAUGAAAUGGAAAGUUUGAAGGAUUGUGGCUUUGAGUGGACUGAUGGUGAGGUAACUCGUAAAAGCAGAGUGUUUGCUGUUGUUAGUGCUUGUGAUUCUGUAGCCAGGCCAUUACUGAAACACAGUACACAAUUUAAUGGAAAGCAUGGCUGUGACUGGUGUCUUCAUCCUGGUGAAAGAGUAGCUAAAGGUCACGGCUAUGUAAAUGCGUACCCCUAUCUAGAUCCACCUGCAGAUAUGAGACAACUAAUGGCCCUUUUCCACUACCCUUUUUCAGCUCACUUCAGCUCACUUCAGCCCGACACGGCUCGCGUUUCGACUACCAAAAACCAGCACGACUCAGCUCGCUUCAGCCCUGCUUAGCCCCUAAAACUCGCACCGUUUUGGAGUAGGGCUGAAGCGAGCCAAAGCGAGCCGAGUGAGGCUGGGGGCGUGAGCAGACACUCCCCUGUGCACUGAUUGGUGAGGAGGAGUGUCCUCACAUGCCCACACACGCCCCGCGAGCGCGCUGGGAUCUGUAAACACCGCAAACCCGGAAGGAGAAGAAUUACGAAUUACGAGAAUUAUGAAGCCUUAUGCGCCUCGCCUCAUCUAUACGCUCUUGCCAGUAUCUGUUGGCGUUGUCGGUGACAACAAGCCACAGCACCAAGACCAGCAACACUAACGACUCCAUGUCCUCCAUGUUUAUUGUUUACUAUCCGGGUCGUGAGACUACCGCUUAAAAGCUCACUGAUGUCACUGUUUGCGCUGCUUAACGACAUCACCUGACGUCCACCCACUUUCGCUAACUCCACCCAAUGUGUCCACCCACUUCCAGCCAGCACGGUUCAGCGCGGUUGUAGUCGAAAUGCAACUCCAACAGCCCCGCUCAGCCCGACUCAGCACGGCACGGCACGGCUCAGCCCGACUCAGCCGCGUUUGUAGUGGAAAAGCGGCAUAAAUAUGUGGGAAGAUGACGCAAUUCAGGCCUCACGGGAGGGCCGCCCUGUUCAUGGCAUGAAAGGUGUGUCCCCUCUUCUUACCACUGUUUAACAUAAUCACUAGUUUCAUACCAGAUUAUAUGCAUGCUGUUCUUUUGGGUAUCGUCCAGCAAUUUCUUACUUUAUGGAUUGACAGCUCAUACCAUACUCAACCCUGGUACAUUGGUACUAAAGUAAAUGUCUUGAACAGACGAUUGCUAACUGUGAAACCCCCUAAAGAGCUUACACGUACAUCUUCGUCACUUGACAAAAUGAAAUUUUGGAAAGCUUCCGAGUUCAAAAGUUGGCUUCUUUAUUAUUCUAUGAUUACCCUGAAUGGUAUAUUGCCAACACAGUAUCUUAAUCACUGGGCACUUCUGGUUUAUGCACUGUAUACACAAUGAACGACAUCCAUCGGCAGGUCUUGGAAAAGGCUGAUAUUGCGUUAAACAAAUUUGUCCUACAGGUGGAAUUAUUGUAUGGAAAGGAACAUGUCAGCUUUAAUGUUCAUCAGCUUACUCACUUAUGUGAGAGUGUGAAGUUAUGGGGCCCACUAUGGUGCAUAUCUGCGUUUACAUUUGAGGGCAAUAAUCUUAAUUUGAUGCAAUAUUUCCAUGGAACCCAGUGCGUACCUAGACAGAUAUGCCGAACUUUUCUUUUGUGGCGUGACAGAAACAUUCACAGUUACAUCAAGGAUAAAAAUUCUACUGUGUUUGACUACUGUAGUAAACUGCUUGGGAAAAGAGUAGUCCAGAGGCAUUUGACUGUAGGCGAUUUUAAUAUAUUUGGUGCACCUACAUUUACAACCCUCUUAUGUUAGGACUGGGACUGUUUUGGCCUCUAGAGGCCGCUGUUAUUUCCAUCUUGUCAUGUUUGUUUUGGCCUCUAGAGGCCGCCACUGUGUUUUUGUUUUUGUCUUGAUUGCCUGUUUCCUGCCCCGCCUUGUUCCUUAAUUGUUUUGUGUAUAAAUACCCCUCUGUCCGUUCCCUUGUCACGGAGUCUUUUUCCUAUGCUAUGCUGUUAGUGCUAGUUCCCUCUGGCCCAUGUACCUUGCCUGUGUCUUAGUAUUCUUGGUUUUGUUGCUUUCUUUUGGACUUUGUGGCUUUUGUUUUGACCUUUGAAUCUUCUUAGCAUUUGAGUUUUUGCCUCUUCUUUUCUUAGUUGGAUUUUGGACAUUGAUCCUUGGGAUAUUUUUAUUUUUGUCUAUCUUCUGAGCUUUGGAUUAUUCUUUGUUUUUUCCCUUGGAUUGUAUAUAUUUUUGUAAAUAAACUUUUUUGAUACUUUUCUACUUCUGCCUCACGCCUCUGCAGUUGAGUCAUCCCCCUGGUGGCCUAGUGGGGGUUUGCUGGAUUAUCACACCAGCGAACCAGGUUUGAAUCCCAGCAAAACCCUAACGUCUUGCCAAGACAAUGUGCAGCUGUUGAAAAGUUUUAAUGUUUUACUUGAGAAAGAGCCUGUACAAUUUUUUAUAAGGUUUUUUAUAUAAAGGAACACUUUAUACAACAGCAGGAUACACACGUAUGAAGAAACGUACUAACUCAGUAGUGAUGCUAUGCAAUGGAAGCUUCAUUCAAAUUCAGGAUUUUGCCCUUCUGAAAAUUCACUGUAGUUGUGCUCUAGCUAAAUGUACUUGUAAUGAGAUACCUGUGAUUUUUUGGUUAUCCUCUUGAAGUGAAACAAAGUGUUGUGCAGAGACAGACAAUUGAGAAUCUGUAUUGAUUUCAUUGUAGAGGUCUGUGAGAAAAAAGAAACCAUUGCUGUUAUGGCUUCAUCACUACAUAAAUGUGUUUUCUUAGAAAUCAACAGAAGACAGUAUGUCGUCCCUUUAGUGAACAUUAUUGAAACUGAUUAAAGUUUUCUUUUAUCUACAAAGUUUUGUAUUGUACUUGUAUUGUUUGUAUUUGUAUUUCUUGUGGCAGGGUGGACUAUUGUUCCCUGAAUUUCUAUUCCUGGAUUGGUCCAUGUCUUUUCUCAUGUA